AUGCAAUUCAAGUCUAUCGUUUUAACUCUAGCUGCCGUUACCGUUGCUCAAGCUAACAACCUAUCAAACGAGAGUAAUGGUACUAAUCACUCCAACCAUACUUCUUCCGUGCCAACUGGAGCUGCCGUUCGUGCCUCUGGUAUGGGAGCUGGCUUGUUGGGAGCUGGUGUUGUAGCCGGUGUUGCUCUAUUGAUUUAA